UUUUUUUUUUCUAUUAACGUAGGUACCCAUUUACAAUUUACGCUUAAACAGGCACACAACAAUAAUACCUAUCGCACGAUUCCCUACAUGGUAUUCCGCCGCAUUGUCACACAAACAACGUUAUUACUUAAAUAACAAGCGCCCGCGCACGCGCUCUCCGCCGCCGCCGUCUACCUCGCAACGCAGUGAUUGAUUUUCUCGCCGCCGGCCGAUGUCGCGGCUAAGCGCGACGGCGCGCACAUCGCGUUCGAAUUUCACGCGGCGCGCACUGCGACUGCACCAUGUUUUCCCCGGACGGCGGCGGAAACGCGGCUGGCCGCGGCCUGAUCGGCUGCGCGCUCCUCGCGUCCGAAGCGGCGGCCCACGUCGCCAGGCUGUGCCGGUCUAAUCCGCGGCUCCUGUCCAUGCUGGUCCAGGAGAAAUGCGGCGAUGACGCCAACAGCAGUCGGUUCGCGCACGACUUCAAAACGCUGGCCGACGUGCUGGUGCAGCGCAUCGUGGCCAAACGCAUCGGCCGACAGUUUCCAGAACUCGAUGGAAACGUGUAUGGUGAAGAAAAUGAUACAAUACAGAACAAUAAAGGUCAAGACGUCACCAUAAUAGUCGGAGAGACAGUAGAAGAGACAUUGCAGUGUUUGUCCAAAGCUUUGAGUGACGAUUUAGACUCAGCAAAAAGUUUAGCCGAAGCUGCUCAUAAAGAAUUCAGGUUGAAUGAUCUCAACGUCGACUGUUAUCCACCUGAAGAGGAAAACUUAGAUUUGGAGAAAGUCGGAAUAUGGAUCGAUCCUAUUGAUUCAACAAACGAAUAUAUAAACGGAAAUGUCGAUAAUAUAAACGAAUACGGAUUUCAUUCAAGUGGACUCCAUUGUGUUACAAUUAAUAUUGGUUUAUUUGACAAGCAUAGCGGAAAACCUAUCGCCGGCGUAAUCAAUCAACCGUUUUUCAAGUUUGACACAAUCGAAGGGUGGAGUGGAAGAUGUUACUGGGCGUACUGCGAUGGACAGAAAAAUUUAAACUCAUUGCCAAAAUUCAUUAGCUGCAAUCAGGAGUUGGUGGUGACUAGCAACAGCGAGACAGACGAAGCCAAGAAGGCGCUACAGCGGUCCGGUUACAUCGUAACCACGGCGUCCGGAGCCGGUUACAAAAUGCUGUGCGUGGCGCUAGGUGUCGUCAAGUGCUACGCGCUGACCAAGGACUCGACGUACUCGUGGGACACGUGCGCGGCGCACGCAAUGUUGACGUCCCAGGGUGGCGCGGCGUGCCCCUGUCGCACAUCCGCCGGGCCACUCACGUACCGGUCCAAGACCACCGGCGGUGGACGGGCUCAUUGCAACGCGGACGGCAUUAUCGCUUCGCGCGACUUACGAACCAUCGACCGAGUGCACGCGAUCCUGUCGCCGCUGCAUACGUACUGCAACAGCUGAUGCGUUUCAGCUGAUUCGGUUGCACUACUGCAAUCGAUGGGCGCCUCGCGUACACUAUUCCAUUAAAACCAUAUAGACCGUUAUUUUUUCUUUAGCGUUUAUGUUUUUUCCGCGUGUGAAAUACACGCGUAGUAUUGAUUACAUCAAUAACCUAUACCUAUGGCACUUUUUAGAUUUGCGACGCAAGCAGGUCAUAAAAAAUAAAUUCUACGGUCGUUAUUUUAAAUUAAAAUACAAUUUUUUUUCUAUUUCAAACAGACGUAGAAUAUACACGUCGAAAUUAUCUCCGCGAAAUAUGCAGUAAAAAUAUCAUUUGCGUUCAAUUAUUUUUUAACGUAUGAAUAGAGUUUAAUUCCUUAAUAGAAGAGAAACUUUUUGGAGCACUAUGAUGAAAAUGUGUUUAAAACAUUAAAAAUAACCGCCGUAAUUUAUUGUUAUCGCGUGACACGUCUUCUUCAUAAUAUCAAACGAACAUCAUAUAUAACCGUUACACAGUAUUUUAUGUAAGUACUAUUAUAUAAGAGUAUAUUAUAAGUAAUUAAUAGACAUUUGAUCAUAAAUAGCCGUAUUAUUACGUAUUGUUAUAGUUAUUAUUAUUAUAU